CCUUACCAUCACUUCCCGAAGUGUUGCAAAAGCUCCCCACACUGCAAACCGUGGAACGAGUCGAGGUGAGGUUUCUCGGUCGGCAUGUCAGUCCUGUCGCUUGUCGUUUGUUCGUCUGGUUUGUCUGUCCCUGAACCAUAGGAUGGGAGGUGAUGGUAAUCGUCUUUGGUUCGUUGGGUGUUGGGUCGUUUCGUUGUCGAUAUUUGGGUUUGGGCUUUGUUUCGGGUUUCUUUCUUGUGCUUGCUACUUUUGUUGUAUCAGGGUUUGAAGGUUAUUUGGUUCUUCUCCGUAGUUUAGUUUACUACUGGUUAGGGUAUUUGGUCGUUCGUUGAAACCGUUCUCUGACAGCUGGGCUGAAUUUGAGGUAUGGCGUUGUCG